AUGGAUGACGAAGUCGAAGUACGCGUUUCGGCUACGGUCAAAGUGUUAUGCAAUAAAAAAGUCCCGAAGAAAAAUGGAUUUAUGCUCUUUCGGGACGAGUGGUCCAGUCUAAGUCGCGACGAAGUUGAGGUACAAAGAUUUUACGAAAGGGCGUCUAUUCAAACGCAGUGGAAGUUCAACCAGGCGGACGUGCCGAACAAGACGUUUUCGCUUAUUUUUGUUGACCGCUUCAACUCUACUGAUACCAGAAAUUUCGUACCGUGUGAAAUUGCUGUUAUUUCGUUCCAGCUGGUGAGCGGCAUUGUGGGUUCUUACCAGGCUAUAAUUGGCAAAGACGAUAUCAAUGACAAAAUCGCUUUGAUUAAAGUUUGCGAAAGAAUACACAACAUGUGUGAGGAGAAGGGAGCCCGUCGCAUUUACUGUUUAAAUAAGCAGUAUGAUGAGGCGUUGGCCACCAUCGAAGGUUUGAAGAAGAUGUUCAAUUCCGGGGGACCAUCGCAAUUGAAACUGAACUGUGUUGAAGAUUUGUUUCUACUUCUUUCUGCUUGGUAUAACGUGGCGGUGCCUGAAUCUUUAGAGAAGGAGUUUGACCAUAUCCUGGAUGUCAAAUUUCCUCCCGACUUUUAUUUCACGUACGGCAGCUCUUCUCCGAAAAGCGGUGAACAAAGUACAUUCUUUAAAGCGAAGAAGAUUUGGUACUUUUUAGUGACGAUGCUCGUAAAGUACGUAAGCUGCGAUGAAUGGAGUUAUGUGACUCCUGACAUGUACGAAUGGGACCCAGUUAGUUCGUCAGCUGUCGAUGAACACAAAAGCAAACAGGCUAGAACUUGUCAAGCCGAGAAAAUGGCGUCAACGAAACUGUGCAAUAAAUUUACGAAGCUGGCGGUCGAACAUGCUAACGAAGAUGGUGAUAUGGACGAUGAGGAUGAUGAUCAUUAUGCUGAUUACCCAAAGUAUUGCAAGCAGCACGAAAAAAACUUCAAGCAGUCAUGCAAAUCAAUGGUAAACAGGUUUACAUGUUUUGAGCGCAAGGUGGUAUCUUGA